GCAUUAACUUCUAUUUUCUGUAUGUAUGCCUUUGCACCCAAACUUCAUGGGUUAGAUUUUGUAGACCCCUUUGUUUAUUUCUGGCCCACAAAUGUCUGAUGAAGGAGUUUCAGACGAUUUAGAAGAAAACAGCGGGGAAAUUAAACAGAGAACUAUAGGAGAUAUAGUGUCAAUUGAUAACUGUGAUAGUGUAAAUAGUUCUUUCAUCACAAUGGGUCGAUCAACAGAAGAACUUGCAAGUUAUGAGGGGUCUGUAAGUGUUUGUUGUAAACAAAUAGAGGAAACAAUUAUUAAUGAAAGUGCUGUGCUUUUUAACGACAUAAAGAGUGUUGAAGAGUGGUUGAAACAUAAGACAGACUUAAUACCGAGUGAAGAUUUUGAUGAGCCAAAAAGCUAUGAUUUUUUAAAUUUUAAUAGUGAAGAAACAGUUGCAAAUAACAAUGAAGGUUCAGGUGCUAUUUUACCCCAUAUUUCAAAUAUUUCAAAUGUUAUGAUUGAGGAACUUAAUUUAAAUGUUGAAAAUUGGGAAGAUUUUGUUUUAGAAUCAAAAUGUGAUGAAAACAUAGUUGAUUAUUCAAAUAUUUCAACAGGUCUCAAUAUAAUCAAUUCAUCUGGCGAACUUGAACUACAUCAGAUUGAUGGAUUUUUAAAUACGCCUAAUGUAACAGCCUCUAGCUCUCUGAAUAAAUCAGAACCGAGUGAAGAGCAAAUCAUUUCAGAAAAGGAUAUACAAUCAGAGAAAGCAUUAGCUAACGUUUGCAUGAGUAAGCCUUUGCCAUCGCCGAGAUUUUUAAAGAAAUUACCUUUGGUUAAAAUACCAAUGAACUGCUUAAUUAAAGGAAGAAUAUUAGGAAAAAGUCAUAUUUCUACUCUUUCAGGUAAAAGUCCUCUCUCAUUGCUUCACUCUUCAACACAGACGAUAAAACCAUCUCCGAAGGUAAAUUGUAUAUCAGAUCAAUUCAAAAGAUCUCUCAAAAUUAAAGAAAAAAGUCAGUUUGCAUCUAUAUCUUGUGAUGUUAAUGGAAAACCAACAAUUAUGGUUUUACCUUUUAAACCUGUUAAAGCUUCCAAAAGCUCCUUACUUAAGACCAAUCAAACACGUAGUUUGUUAAAAAUUAACAAUAGCUCAUUGCAAACAAAAACUUUGACUAAAAACAUAGAUGGACCUAUUAGACCUACUAGUGUAGUUCCUAAAGAACCCAAGAAAAAAGAAAAGUUUCCAGUUGCUCUUGUUGCAAUAUCAACUGAUAAAUCUGUAAAUACAACUGAAAUUGUUAUAAAAACUGAUGAAGGUGAGAAUAUUUACAAAGGAAAAACAAGUGAUAUAAUGAAAGCAACUAAUUCUGUUAAUGGACAGUUGUCCACUAUGUCCAAAAAGGAUGACUGUGGCCUCGUCAAGACAAAUGCAGAAAAUCAAGCUGUUAACGAUAUACUUGUGAAACUACUUGGUGUGAAUGAUGAAGAACUUGACAGUAUCGAAGGCACUCCACUGUCAACACAUAUGCAAUGUCCUGUUGAUGGUUGUCAGUUCAGAAGUUCCAAAGGCGGUGCUCUCAAAGUGCACAUCCUGCAGCAUUACGGCAUCCGCCCAUUUAAGUGUGACUACCCAAACUGCACGUGGGCAUUUUACACUAGUUUUCGAUUAAAACGGCAUAAAGAAAUUCAUUGCAAAAGGAAAUAUCAGUGUCCUGUUGAUGGUUGUAAUCGAACGUUCUCUACAAUAUAUAACGUCAACCCUCAUCUCAAACGGCAUUGGCGUCCGACGACAAUCACCUGCACAAUUGACAACUGCAACAAGGCUUUCCAGACACGCAAAAGCUACGACAAGCACUUGAUGGAACAUGGGCCUGAACAUGCACCAUAUACGUGUAGCAAGGUGGGGUGUGGUCGCAAAUGUUACACUGUCAACUCCCUAAACUCGCACAGUCGCACUCAUCAAUAUGCGGAGGAGGAGUUAACCUGUUGUUACUGUGGCAAGAACUUCAAGGCACCCUGUCGUCUCAAGGCUCACCUCAACAUACACAUGGGUGUCAGACCUUACAAGUGCGAGUUUGAAGGUUGUGUAUGGGCAUUUGCAACAUCCAGCAAACUUCGGAGGCACCAACGCAAGCACACCCAGACCCGUCAGCAUUCGUGUAAAGUCUGUGGGAAGUGUUUUCUCCGACCGGACCAUCUCAAAGACCACAGCCUCAAACACUUUGUCAAAAAGUCGUUUGUUUGCCCAAUUGCAGGUAUGUUGCCUUCAAUUUAUAACAUCAUUGAACGAUUGAUCAUCAACACGAUACUUAGGUAAUAUUUUAUGGAGAAAGAUAACAGGAAAUCUG